ACCCGGCUCAGCCCACGCGGCAGCAGCAAACACUUUGGCGUGGCCGGGGCGUGGCUGAGGGGGCGGGCCACGCCCCUCUUUCCCAAUUCCCCCCCCUGUCCCCGCUCCCAUUGGUCACGAGGAUGACCAAUGAGUGCUCGGAUCGAGGUCCUACCCUGCGUCUGACUCGAAAGCUCCUGCCAAAACUUUGGGAGUUUUUAGAGAGGAGUUUUUUUUUUUUUUUUCCUCUUAUUACUUUUUUUUUUUUUAAACUAACGGAUUAUUAUUGUUGUUGUUUUAAAUUUAGCUCUGAGGGCUUAGCUGUUUGGGUUUUUCUUUCGGUGCCCGGCCCCUGUCUCCCCGGCUUCCCUGGCGUGCGCGGAGCCGCGGCCCCCGCCCGCCUCGCCGCUCCAGCGCCCCUAGCUCGCCUCCAGCUCGCGGGGAGCGCGGGCGUCGCGCCGCCUUUCAAGUGAGGCCGGGGGCCCAGGCUGUGACCGGCGGGGAUCCGGCCCUCGCCUCCUCCCUCGGUGGCGCUAGGGCUCCCUGGCCUGUCUUCAGUGCGGACGGAGAAGCGAAAGCGGAUCGUCCUCGGCUGGGCUGCCGCCUCCUCCCGGACUCAGCGCGCCCCUCCCCGCGCACGCACUCACCCGUCCACCCGGCCGGCCAGGCCAGGGCGGCCGCUCGGCGCGCCCCGCCAGGAUGUUCGCCGCCGGGCUGGCUCCCUUCUACGCCUCCAACUUCAGCCUCUGGUCGGCCGCUUACUGCUCCCCGGCCGGCCCAGGCGGCUGUUCCUUCCCCCUGGACCCCGCUGCGGUCAAGAAACCGUCCUUCUGCAUCGCAGACAUCCUGCACGCCGGUGUGGGGGAGCCGGGGGCGGCCCCGGAGGGCCUGGCAGGGGCCUCGGCCGCCGCCCUCACCGCGCACUUGGGCUCGGCUCACCCGCACGCCUCUUUCCAAGCUGCGGCCAGAUCCCCGCUUCGACCCACCCCGGUGGUGGCGCCCUCCGAAGUCCCGGCUGGCUUCCCGCAGCGGCUGUCUCCGCUCUCAGCCGCCUACCACCACCAUCACCCACAGCAACAACAGCAGCAGCAACAACCACAGCAGCAACAGCCUCCGCCUCCACCCCGGGCCGGCGCUUUGCAGCCCCCGGCCUCCGGGGCGCGGGUGGUCCCGAACCCCCACCAUAGCGGCUCGGCCCCGGCCCCCUCCAGCAAGGACCUCAAAUUUGGAAUUGACCGCAUUUUGUCUGCAGAAUUUGACCCCAAAGUCAAGGAAGGCAACACGCUGAGAGAUCUCACGUCCCUGCUAACCGGCGGGCGGCCCGCGGGGGUCCACCUCCCGGGCCUGCAGCCCUCCACCGGCCAGUUCUUCGCAUCUCUAGAUCCCAUUAACGAGGCUUCUGCCAUCCUGAGUCCCUUAAGCUCAAACCCGAGAAAUUCAGUUCAACAUCAAUUUCAAGACACGUUUCCAGGUCCCUACGCCGUGCUCACGAAGGACACUAUGCCGCAGACGUACAAGAGGAAGCGCUCAUGGUCUCGGGCGGUCUUCUCCAACCUGCAGAGGAAAGGCCUGGAGAAAAGGUUUGAGAUUCAGAAGUACGUGACCAAGCCGGACAGAAAGCAGCUGGCGGCGAUGCUGGGCCUCACCGACGCGCAGGUGAAGGUGUGGUUCCAGAACCGGCGAAUGAAGUGGCGGCACUCCAAGGAGGCGCAGGCCCAGAAGGACAAAGAUAAGGAGGCAGGCGAGAAGCCGUCGGGCGGAGCCCCGGCUGCCGACGGCGAGCAGGAGGAGCGGAGCCCCAGCCGCUCCGAGGGCGACGCCGAGAGCGAGAGCAGCGACUCCGAGUCUCUGGACAUGGCACCCAGCGACACGGAGAGGACUGAGGGGGCUGAGCGGUCUCUGCACCAAACGACGGUCAUCAAGGCUUCGGCCGCCGGCGCCCUCCUCGCUGCCAGCAGCGCUGGGAGUGGUGGAAACAGCGGCGGCAGUUUUGGCUUCAGCAGCCUCAGCAGCAGCAGCACCAGCGCGGGCAGCGCCAGCAGCCUUGGCAGCGGCGGCGGCGGCGCCUCGGAGCUGCUCCCCGCGCCUCAGCCCACCCUCAGCAGCGCCCCUAAAAGCCCCGAGCCCGCCCAGGCACCGCUCGGCGGCCUAUAGACCGGACGAGGGCGGAGGGGACCCGGGGCCCUGCGUGCAGACUCCCAGCCCUCCAGUGUGGGCUGGAUUUGGUGCCUCCUUUCUGUUGGCGGCGGGGCCAGGGCCGGAGACGCAGCGGUGGAGCCUCCUUCCCUGCGUUCACAUCUCGGCCCUCGCUGCCCCGGGCUGGAGCAGCCCACACUGCACAGAGCCGAGGGGAGUCUCAGUGCCCCCGCCGAAGGCUCCCAGCGCCAGCCGCGCGCUUCUCCCCGGAUACAAGCAGCUCACACUGUGAAGCCUUUGACUGAACAGUUGCUCCCCGCGCUAGCGGUCGUGGCGCAAAGACGUGUGGCACUUAGGACGCCACAGACUUGUAAAUAAAAUGUUUACUACGGUUUGUAAA